GCUCUGAGGGACAGCUCAGAGCACUUCCACAAGUGAAGGAGCCCUUAAAGCCUUCUUCCUCCUCUGUGUUCUCACCUUCCUCUGGCUUCUAAUGAGUGUGGAAGCAAUGCUGGCCUGCAGCUAUCUUUCAGAUCUGUAGCAGAGGGAAGCUGAAUGUUUCCUUGCCAGCAGAACACUGUGCCUGCAGAAGUCCUUCCCACCACCUGUGCUCCUGCUCUGUGCUGAAACUGGGACAUCCCCCCAUGCUGUGUGCAGGAUGGGAGCUGUGGGCUGCCCUGGUGGCUCCUUCUAAGUCCUGUGCUCCUUCCGAAGCCCCGCUGGCCAUCCUGCCUUGCGUUCCCAGCAUGGGAGUGGGUUUGCAAUCUGGGUUAGGUAUGAAGCAGUGCUGACAUCAGGAGGAGGGGGGGAGGCAGCAGCCGCACAUGACGAGUCCAUGAGGUUGCCUCUCCGCAAGGUACGCCUUGCAUCGGUAAUGUGUUUGUAGCAAAUAAUGCUGGGCUGGCUUGGGAAUGUGGGUCACCGCUGGCAGAGCUGCUGUAGGAAGAGGGAGCUGCUGCUGUGUGUUAGGAGUGUUACUGAGGGAUGCUUCUGGGGAGAGACUGCACUGCAGCGAGUGCUCCUGUAAGUAGCAGCUCGGUGCUGGGUGUGAUGCUAGCUGGGGAGGGCUACGGUGUGCAUGGUUUGUGCUCCUGGCGUGCAGUAAGUCACUGUGCCACAGAACUCUUCAGGACUUGGUGAUGCUCCAUGGCCCUGUGCCUGGAGCAUCCCUACUGCCCCGUGUGUGCAGGGAGUGAUGCAGCCAGGCAUGGAUAACCCGGAGCUCCUGUGUGCUUCCCUGACCUAGUUCUGAUUCUGUUGUUCUGUGUAUGUGUGCAGUGGGAAAUCUCUGUGCUUUCGGGGGAGAGGUGUUUGUUAGCAAUAAGGAAAAGCCUAUUGGGCUCUAAUCCACUGAGCAAUCAGGAGCUGGCCAGGCUUUGCAGGUGAGUUCAGGCCGAUGGCGGAAGUGGCUCUGGGUCUGAACAGAAGUGGAAUAGGAUGGGGAUGGACAUUGCCUAGUGCUGUGCAUGGUGCCUCAGUGCAGAGAGAUUCCUGCCUCAGAGAGCGUGCACUUGAUGGAGUGCUGCCUGUGGUCAGCGAGGACUUGUUGAACAUCUCCACUGGCAGCGGAGGAACAGCAGAGCAGAGUGGACCGUGUGGGGUGGGGAGAGGGGGUGGAAAUACAUGCAUGUCCCUGUGGAACUGCCUGCCUUUGUUCAGCAGCGCUGCUGUGCCUCGCUGCAGCUCCCAGCCCCUCCUGCCCGAUGUCCCAUGUUUCCUGCAGAAUUCAUCAAGCACGGCCGUGAGAGGAUAGAACAAACCAUCAAGGCAUCCGGCUCCAGGCUCUGCUCAUAUGCUGAACGAGUUGCUAUUUUAAUGGAUCGUUCCCGGACCCCAGACAGCAGUGCCCAGCCUACAACACCAACUGACAACAUCAACCUUGGACCUUCUGCUAACCCAAAUGCCAAGCCAACAGACUUUGACUUCCUGAAGGUUAUUGGCAAAGGAAGCUUUGGAAAAGUUCUCCUGGCCAAACGCAAGUGUGAUGGGACUUUUUAUGCUGUGAAAGUCUUGCAUAAGAAAACCAUCCUAAAGAAAAAGGAGCAAAACCACAUCAUGGCAGAACGCAACGUGCUUCUGAAAAAUGUCAAGCACCCCUUCCUUGUGGGCCUCCACUACUCCUUCCAGACCUCGGAGAAGCUUUACUUUGUGCUUGAUUAUGUAAAUGGAGGAGAGCUCUUCUUCCACUUGCAAAGAGAGCGUUGUUUCCGUGAGCCCCGUGCAAGAUUCUAUGCUGCAGAGGUUGCUAGUGCAAUUGGUUACCUGCAUUCCUUAAACAUCAUCUAUAGGGAUUUAAAACCUGAGAACAUCCUCCUGGAUUGCCAGGGACAUGUGGUGUUGACAGAUUUUGGACUCUGCAAGGAAGGAAUGCAGGAAGAAGAGACUACCUCUACGUUCUGCGGCACUCCUGAGUACUUAGCUCCUGAGGUGCUAAAGAAGCAGCCGUAUGACAGGACAGUAGACUGGUGGUGCCUUGGCGCUGUCCUCUAUGAGAUGCUUUUUGGACUGCCUCCCUUUUAUAGCCGGGACGUGUCUCAAAUGUAUGACAACAUUCUCCACAAGCAACUCCAGAUCCAAGGAAGCAAGACUGUGGCAGCCUGUGAUAUCCUCCAUGGACUUCUCCACAAGGACCAGAAGAGGAGGCUGGGUGCCAAAACAGACUUUCUUGAGAUAAAGAACCACGUAUUCUUCAGCCCAAUAAACUGGGAUGACUUGUACCACAAGAGGAUUACCCCUCCGUUCAACCCUAACGUGGCUGGCCCAGCUGAUCUGCGGCACUUCGACCCAGAGUUCACCCAGGAAGCGAUCUCUGCCUCCAUCACCCACACACCUGACUUAGCAGCCAGCAGCUCCAGUGCCUCAGAUGCUUUUUUAGGAUUUUCUUAUGCACCAACUGAAGAGGACUUCUAGAUUUUAUAAAGGCUUUGAGAAGCCAGGUUUUAACUGAAUGCAAUUUUAUGUUUGCUGUUAUUGCUGUGGCUUUUCUCGUUUCAGUUUUUGAAAGGAAUAGUAACGUCACUUUGUCAUGGUCUAAACCAGGGGACUAAUACACUAACUGGGUGGGAUGGAACAGAGCUCUUAAUUUGUGCUGUUUGGUGGAUUUGCCUCUAAGUGGGUGUUCCUGUAGCAAGGAAAGUGGGACACUAACAAUUAUCUCUGUACUGUUUGGUAGGGUUGUAUUCACCGUGGUUGUAUUUAUGACUAAGAUGUAUGUACCAUCACUCGCAUCACAGCCACAUCUCUGGAACAGGUCAUUUCUAUGGUGUGGAGCUAAUGCUGCCUUGUAACAAAGGGAAACUUCACAGCACAGCAGUGGGAAGAUCGUGGGCUUCUUCCUUUUGAAGUAGGAUGCGCUCAUCUGAAUGGCUGGGAAAAGGACAAUCUGAUCCCAGGAGCAAGGCUGGAGUUCAAGCAGGGCAGUUCAGCAAGCCUUCUGCCCAGGGCCAAUCCAAAAGCUCGUAGCUGCAGGCGUCCCCCUGCUCCUGCCUGGAGGUGCUCGUUGGAUUUCAGUACUUCAGAGCAGAAAUGAGGAGGUCAGUGGACGCCGCUGAAGAAACAGAGCUGCCUUGGUGGAAGGAGGGAGCGCUGCUGGGGGGAGGAAAGCGCAGCCUCGUGCUGGGCUCAGCCGCUGUCAGUCGCUGCUGGCAGGGCUGCGGCUCCUGUGCUCUCCUAAGGGCUGCUCCUCAGCAGCAACAGAAGCCUUCGGGUGCCCGCGUUGCUCUGGCGAUGGCUGUCGCGAUGUGCACACGAUCUUUGUUCUGCCUGAAUUUAAAUGCCGGUGUACUGCUUGAGCACCGCUUCCCCCCUU